AAAGUCCUGCUGAAGCGAUUGAGAUCCUCGUGACACACUGAUAUAAAGAUGGCGUUUAUUAAAGAGGAGAGUGAAGACUUCAGGAUUGAAGAAGUGUUCAGUCUGAAACAAGAAGAGACUGAGGAACAAACAGAUCUGCUGGUGCUGAAAGAGGAGAAUCAAGAUCUGAAUGAAAUAGAACAGACAGAUCAGUAUGAGAAACACCAUGAUUUCAAAACUGGUGAAGAAGACACACAGACUAAAACAGCGUCUGUACGAAAAAGAGCUCAGAAAACCAAAUCUAACAGCUCUUUCGCCUGCCAUCUCUGUGAGAAAAGUUUUGAUGAAAUACAUCAACUUAAAAUGCACAUGAGAUUUCACACUGGAGAGAGACCAUUCCCCUGCCAACAGUGUGGAAAGAGAUUCACUCAAAAAGAAGACCUUCAAAGGCACGUGCGAAUUCAUGCUGGAGAAAAGCCUUACACCUGUGAUCAGUGUGGAAAGAGUUUCACUCAAAAAGGACACCUUAUGUCACACAUGAGAGUUCACACUGGAGAGAAAUCUUACACAUGUGAUCAGUGCGGGAAGAGUUUCACACAGUCAUCACACCUUAAGAUACACAUGAACAUCCACACUAGAGAGAAACUGCACACAUGUGAUCAGUGCGGCAGAACAUUUCUGUUGGAUUCAGACCUGAAGGAUCACCAGAGAGUUCAUACAAAGGAGAAGGCACAUUCAUGUUCUGUGUGUAGAAAGAGUUUUUCACGUCUACAUGAUUUGAAAGUACAUCAGAAAAUACACAUUGGUGUGAGAAAGUACAUGUGCUUUGAGUGUGACAAGACUUUUAUUUCAGUGAGCGGUUUAAAACGACACAAAAGGAUCCACACUGGAGAGAAACCUUACAAGUUUUUACACUGUAACAAGAGAUUCAGUCGGUCAGGAAGUCUGAAAUCACAUGAAAAGAUCCAUACUGGAGAGAAAUCUUACACAUGUGAUCAGUGCGGGAAGAGUUUCACACGAUCAUCACACCUUAAGUCACACAUGAACAUCCACACUAGAGAGAAACUGCACACAUGUGAUCAGUGCGGCAGAACAUUUCUGUGGGCUUUAAGCCUGAAAAAGCACCUGACAGUUCAUACAAAGAAGAAUCUACAUUCAUGUUCUGUGUGUGGAAAGGGUUUUUCGUUACUACAAAGUUUGAAAGAACAUGAGAAAAGACACAUUGUUGUGAGAAAAUACUUGUGCUUUGAGUGUGACAAGACUUUUACUACAGCAAACUCUUUAAAAGUGCACCAGAGGAUCCACACUGGAGAGAAACUAUACAACUGUUCACACUGCGACAAGAGAUUCACUCUGAUGUCGAGCAGUAAAAUAUCAUCUGGAUAA